AUGUGGGCCAGUCAAUAUGUGAGAAGUAGAACUGGGAGAUUGUUAUUAGAACGACUGCAAGUAGCUGAGGAGGAAAACCAAGACAUAGAUACAACAUCAGUGAGUGCUGACUGUAAUCACCCCACUGGUUUUCCAGUGGGGUGACUGAAAAUAUUUAUUGUACAAUUCAUUCAUUGUUGAAGGUGGCGCAGAUAUGCGCGAAUUGUAAACAACGGUUUAUGUGCAUUUCACCCAGAAUUUCAGAUCAAAGUUCCACAGUACCCAGUGACUCACUGCAUACUGAUAACAACUGAAACAACUGAAUAGUAUGGAAAUUUUAAUUUACUUCAUUUUCAAUACGAUUGAAUGUAACAGAUGAACAUGACUGUCAAGACAAAAGAUUGAUCGGUCAACUCUCCUUCAGUCUGAACAUUGUCCUUUGACCGGUCAAUAUUUCGAGCCCUGAACACUGCUUCAAAGGAAGCUGCAUCUAGACUAAAUAAAGAUCAGAUUUGCAAAAUGUUGCUAUUGCAUGUACAGAUAAUUUCUUUUUGAAGGAAAAUACCGGCUCACAAAUCAAACCAGCCCUAAUUAACCAAAUUAUUAUACGUUGCUUGUGUUUUUUUUUUUUUUAGUGGUACAAGUGCAUAAACUCUUCACUCUCAGAAGAAUUACAAGCAAAGUUUGUAGAGAGCACCCUGGAUAAAGAAACUGAAGCCUUCCUGGAGAACUGCCAUCAAAAAGCUGAUUCGGUGCUCUCACAAAUUGGACAUCUUUUUUUUAAAGGAUUUUUUGGUUAUUUCUUCUCUGUAACUACAGUCAAUGGGUAAGCAUUUUCUUAUUAUUAAUAAAUUUAUUAUUUAUUAUCUAGAUUAACCUAGGAAAUCCUUGUUAUAGUUAAAGUAUAAUUUAUUGUAUUUUCAAUCUCUAUUAAUUUUAGUUCUCUCACUCCAAAAAGGACCCUUCUGAUAAAUUUUCAUUCUAUGGUUCCAAACAUAUAGUUUACCCCAGCCAAUAUUUAGACUUACCCCAGUCUACAGUAUAUUGCUCAUAUCAUAAUAAUUACUGUGAGGUACACAUGUAUGUGACACACAAGCAACAUUACUGAGUCAACUUGAUCAACAUUCUUACAUUCUGUUACUUGUAAAAGGCUUUGAAUGCUUGUCCUCAAAUUUAUUCUGCAGUAUUUUGCUGACAUCAUUACCUAGGGAAUUAUGGUAAUUUUCUUGAUCAAUUGCACAAGAAAUCCUGUCACAAAAAGAGUAACCAUCUGCAUGGCCAAUCAGAAGUGGAUACUUGCAGAUAUCAGUUGGCCCCCGUAGAUAAUCAUUAUCAAGGUUUUGAGUAACAUGUCUUACUGCACUGUUGCAGGCUGAGUAGCCCAAUAAAAAUUGAUUCUUGCCUCUCUGACGUGUAUAAUCAGGGAUGUAGAUAACAGCCAGGAGCCGGGGAAAAUACCCAGACGUCAAUGUGUUUUUUCCAGCUGAAAAACAAUGCAGUCUUUUUUCAUAUUACCCACCCAUCAAAUGCCAUUUCUCAUCUGAUCCCUGAUAAUAUUGUUGGCUUGUUUUAAAAUAUUUAAGGCUUAGAUAAAAAAUUUAUUAGUUGAAGCAAAUUAAUUUCCCACACGGCACGACGAAUUUAAAGCACCACCCAGAUUUGGAUAGUGAUGAGUUGUUUGUAUGGAAUUUCUGUGCUUGUUUCUCAGACGUCAUUUUCCGGGGAAACUAGUAGUCUACAGGCUGAAGGAAAAUAACAUCAUAUUGAUAUAUCCCUGGUUAAAAAUGCUUUUUGACAUCCAUUUUAACUUAGCUUCCCUCUUAACAGGUGGGACCUCUUUUCCCUGGUAUUCAACUGAUGGGAGGAAAAUAGACACCCAUGGAAUACCAGGGAAAAGAGGCUUUGUCCACAGGGAACAACUUACAAUGUACAUUCUUAUAAGAUGACAACAUAUUUUUUUCACCGCUUUGCACUUAAACAGAACCUUAUUUAUUGAAAACUUUUUUUAUAUCCAUGUAGCAUUUUGGAUCGUGGAUCGAUGUUUGUGUUCUCCAAUGCCCAGUUUCAAAACCUUAUGGGUGUAGAUGGAACAUGGAAAGCUGCACGUCUGUUGGACUUGGGAGCUGGUGAUGGCAAAGUAACAAGUGUUAUGAAACAGCACUUUGAUGACGUUUAUGUUACAGAGCAAUCUCCAUCCAUGAGAUGGAGACUCAGCAGUCGAGGAUUCAAGUAAGCUUGUCAAACUUCUUUCUUUUUCAUAUUCCUUUACUGAAUUCUGCACUCAGGGAAUGGUUUGGCGAAAAAGUCAAGCCAAACCUGCAUUCAAGUGCCAAAGUAAGUGAAAGUUGGUAUUUUUUGAAGCUGAGUUGCCCAAGUGGCAGAUUCUGUGGUGGCGUGAUAGGCACGAGAAUUUUUUGGAUUCUGGGGGCUUUAGUUUGAUAGAAGCAACAAUACUUGAUUCCAGAAAUAUUUAAGACUUAAUGUUGAAAUGGUUACUACAAUCAUGAUGUAAUCAUUUGACAUUCUAGUGGUCAAUUUCAAGAUCAAAACUCCCCUAAGUUUCUCUUUCAUAAGUAGUAAUACUUUGUAGAAAUUUAGUGCACAUAAAAUUGAAGGAUUUGAAUUCUCAAAAAUGAAGAAAAAAAUUAUUUUUAAUUAAUGCCUGCAAAACAAGCUGAAGGGAAUAUACAAUGCAAGAUCAACAAAAAUCAUUCUUAGGUCAAAGAAUUUGCCUGUGUUUACAGCUACUCCUCAUCACUCCCUGCCUUGGGGACAUUUUGUGAGAGAGUUGAUUGUGUUUUGGUCCAAAAACAUUCCAUACUGAUAAUGUGUAAUUAAAGACCCAAGCGUCUGUUUAUGGAGAAGUGUCUGUGUAGUAGAGACAGGAACUAUAUGAAAUUUGGUAUUAUUUUAUUUUACCAUCUGAAGAGAACUGUCUGUAAGAGAAAGGCGUCCAUAUUUUUAGCAGUGUGACUGUGUCUGUAUUGUAGUUGCUAGUGGUAGAUGUUUACCUCCCCACUUGAUGGCUCAGUAAAUCCCCACCACUAGUCACCUCCACUUCCGUGAAUAAUUGUUAUUUAUUUCUUAGCACUGUCUCGUUUUCUGUAGAUUAUUAGAUGAAACUGAAUGGGCAAAUGUUGACUUCAAAUUUGAUGUUGUUGCCUGUCUUAACCUGUUGGAUAGAUGUGAUAAGCCGCUAACACUUCUUGCUGACAUCAAGCGCACUCUUCACCCAGUUACUGGUCGCCUGCUUGUGGCUGUCGUACUGCCCUUUAAACCUUGUGUUGAAUCAGGUUGGUCCACAUACAAUGUUUAAAUGUUGUGGUUCAAUGUUAUCCUUGGUUUAAAUUUUAUUUUGACCGUGAGCUGUACUUUGUUCACUUCACACAAACUUAUGCCAGUAUGAUAAUAGUUGAUAUCCGUCCUUUGACUGACAAUUCCAUGAACGAAAAUGGAAGGGGCUCUUGGACCAAAGAUCCAUUCUUGAUGCCUGGACAAAAUUAAUUUUACCUUCAUGUACAAGAAAAAGCAGGCUAGAUAUCUGGAUGGGUAGUCUAAUAUAUAGUAAAUCAGAAGGCACUUGUACCCUUCUUUCCAAGCAUGCCUCCCCCAAUAAUAAAUAGCGCAUUAGUAAACUUUGCUCAAACCACAGUACAGCAAAAAUCAGCAACAACAUUAGUUAAGACACUUCACCCUAAAGGACCUCUGUGACGUUUUGCCAAUGUGAAAGGGCGAAAUAAAGCUCUCCAUCCCCUACCCCCUCCUUGGAAUGUUGUGCCACUGUUCCAGCUACCUGUAGAAAAAACACCCCAAACACCCCAAUGGAGAAUGGCGGGGAGGGGUGUGGAUUUCUUGUUCUUCGAAGUUCCCCCAAUUGAGGGCAAUUUAUCAACAAUUUUGAGAGCAUAUCAUUGAGAUCACCUUUACAUUAAUUACAGGUACAAAGAUCAUAAAACCAAGUGAGAUAAUAACGGUAAAUGGAAGCACAUGGGAAGAGCAAGUCAACAGCCUGGUUAAAGACGUAUUUGAACCGUGCGGCUUUACUGUUGAGCAGUUUACAAGAGUUCCUUAUUUAUGCGAGGGUGACCUGUAUCAGGACUAUUAUAUGCUAGAUGAUGCUCUCUUUGUUCUCAAGAUUACUGCAUAAGCAGAACUGAAAUUCUUGCCAUUGUACAUUCUCUCUAAAAAAAGAACGGACCCUUCUGCAUAGUUGCCAUAGAACUGGAAAUGCUAAAGUGGCAAAUUUGUAAAUUUAGAUUUUGCUGAAUUGUACCAGAUGGCCAUACACACUUGCAUUUGUCUGUACUGUGAUAAUCUUAUCCUCUCUCAUUUUGAUAAGGUAGAGUAGAUACACUGUACCAAAAACCAAUAUUUCCUGUUUGAUAUUUUCCCAAAACUAGUAUUCUUUCACAUCUACUGUGAUGGACGUUUAAUAGACUUUUU